GGACGGCGUUUCAUCGCACCCUCGCCCUGCUUUUCAACCUCGGAGCUCCUCCCCAUUCUCAACCGCCUCGCCUGGUUCUAAUUGACUUCGACCCGAUCCCAUUGCUUCAAUAUCCCCCACCAUUCAUCACUGAUCAGACGAUUCACUUGGCCACGGCGGCUCCCGCUGCAUUUUUAUCGCCAGAAUCGAGCUCGGCCGCAACUACCUCCACCACGCUUCUCCAACCAACACUACACAAAAUGGCCGGCCCAAGUAGCGCCAUCAUUCGCGCGGCCACUCGCCGUGGCCUCCUCGCCAGAGUCCCGAUGACGAUGCUGCGGCCGGCGAGCAACGCCGCGAGGACAGCGACGGCCGCCGCCAAGGCCACCUCACCCGCCAUCCCUGCCACGGCCAGCGCGCAUGCUAGGUGGAUGGGCACCAGCUCGAGCCGCGGCAAGGGCCUAUCGCCAGAGUCGGAGAACCCGAUUCCGCCAAAGAUAUCCGACGAAGAUCUCAAGGCCGCGCCGGUCAUGACGGCUGCGCCGCUCGAGGAUGCCGAGUACCACGAGCUCGCCGACGAGUACCUCGAAGGCGUGCUCGGAAAAUUUGAGGAUCUGCAGGACCAGAGGCCUGAGGUCGAUGUUGAGUUCUCGGCCGGCGUCCUGACCCUCACAUUCCCACCUAACGGCACCUACGUGAUUAACAAGCAGCCGCCCAACAAGCAAAUCUGGCUCUCGUCUCCCAUCACGGGCCCCAAGCGCUAUGAUUGGGUCGUCAUCGGCGACGGCCAGGCCGAGAAGGAGGGCACAGCCUCGGGUGACUGGAUCUACCUGAGGGACGGCUCGUCGCUGAGCCAGCUGAUCCUCGAGGAGCUCGACGUGGACGUCAGCGCUGCUUAGGAACUCUUCAAUGACAAAUCGCGCUCGAUCUUCUCCCUCUCGGCCGCCCGCUAUACCAGGAAGUGAUCAGGAAGCGUUUCUUUGGGUGUCUUGAGAGCUCUAGCUGACAUUUUCAAAGUAUUGUGUGUCUAUAUCGACCGAACAAAGAGGAGUCGCCGGGGCAGAAAGGCAUACGCCCACCCAUGCCCCUCCUUUUGCGGGUUUUACAAAAUAUGGUGGGGCUGGAAUCCGCCUAGGCUGGUAAGGAAAGCAGUCAGACGGAAGAGGGAAAUACCGACAGAGACGGCCGGAAUAUGCUCUCUUGUUCUUCAGACUACAAAGGGAAACGCCCUGAGAGAAGGGCCGUCUAUUCACUCACGUGGACUUGACCGUCUCGGCAAGAUUUUCUACCUACUCUGGUUACCCACUGGUGAUUGCUUACGCAAGGGUUGAUUCGGUGAGCGGUGUCUUUCUCCCGAGGAUUAGACUUGAUAAGCAAACCAUGGAUCGCAAUUCACAGACUUGGCUCCUCCAUCGGGCCGACCCGCGCGCAGACUGACAUCUAACCUCCAAAGUCACACUCUUAUCUGCC